AUGAAUAAUGAAGAAAAAGAUAGUAAGUCGGAUGUUUUUAACUUGAUAUUGAAGCUUCGACAAGAAAAAAUCUACGUUACCAAUGAGAAGAAUAAAAUACAAGAACUCAAUGCAUCUGUUAGAUCAAAAACCCAAAAAGUAAUUAAAAAAUCAUGGAUUACAACCAAGCAAAGGCUGUUGGAUAAUCGAAGGGAAUCUUGUUUGCAAAAUCUUAAACAGCUUGAUGUGAUAAUGAAUUCCAAUUUUAUGGAGGCAAAGAAAAGACUGGGAUUUCAGAAUUCUGUAAAAAUCGGCAAAAUUCUGCAAACUCUGAGGGCCGAACCAGAAGAACUGGCCAGAUUAUUAUUUCUUGGCGAACAUUUGACUGAAAAUUAUCACAGAGUAUUGCAAACCCUCGUCAAUGGCUUGUAUGCUUGUUUUUUGUUUUCUGAAGACAAAAAACACAUUUUAACAUUGUUAUAUGAAUUAGCCAAACUUCAAUUAGCACAGAUAGAGGAACCUAGAAGUAUUUUAAAACAAGGAAAUUGCUCAUUUAGAAAUUUGUAUUUAUUGUUUAAUGAAGUUUCACAUCAGGCUAAGUUCUUUUUAAGUGCAUCUCUUGAAACUCCCAUUGUUGAGUUAUUGUGUAAUAGUUCAAAUUAUCUAGAUUUGGAUCCUGAUAAGAGCCUAAUGAGAUUCAAGCAAGAUAUUCAAAAUAAUCACAAAGAUUUUGAAGAAUACCGCGAAGAAAUCGUCAACAAGCUGGUUGAACUAACUAACUGUUUUGUGUCCUCUCUAUUGGAAAAUGUGUACGCAUUCCCAAAAUGCAUUGCUUGGAUUGUUUACCAAGUAUCAAAAAUAAUCGAAAAAUCCUUCGGACUGAGGGAGUCUAACGCAAUGAUAACAGAAUUAAUAUUCACCCUAUACAUUUGCCCUGUAAUUGUUGACCCUGAACAAUACGGAGUCUGUACCCUUGAGGUUACUGAAAUUGCUAGACACAAUCUGAUGCAAGUUGGGCAGUUACUGCAGAAUUUGGCGUUGUACAAACAUCAAAAACCCGAAACUAAGGAGGUCAGUGUUUUCACUAGAUUGGAUAAAAAAGGUAUUCUGGAGUUUUUGGAUUUGUUGUUUUUCGAAGUUGACAAUAUCAAGGAACCUCCUGUGGAAAGUGCUCCAAUGUUAAUAAGGGAUAUUUUGCUGUUUACUGAGUCGGAGCUUUAUGUACUGGUGUCGUUUUUGCAAAGAGUAAUGCACGAAAAUAGAAAUAACAACGACAUCGACAAAACUCCUUUGCGUAAAUUAUCUUUGGAAGAGCAGUUGGCAAAUUUGAGUAUCCACGUUCCAAUUGAUCCUCCUAGAGUCCAAAGAUCGACUUCAGCAGACGAUUCUGGGUCAAACCGAUCGAAAUUCUUUACAGUAAAAAACAGUCCUCGCAAUAUAGAAGAAGUCAGAACGAAUGUUGUUCUAAUUUUUUCCAUAGAGGGCGUAGAUUGCGAACCCAUAGGCCUCUUGCCUGAAGAGAAAAUAUGUGAAAAUAUUAAAGAAAACGAUAAUAUUCUGUAUAAAAAUGUUGCCGAAGAAAUUGUAGAUAAUACCAAUGCAAACGGCGAUAUUAAGCCGUCGUAUGCGAAUUUAGCCGACGAAGGCUCCAUCGGUAAUACUUCCGAUAAUUUAGAAGCUAUUUCCGAAGCUGCGAGCAACCAUUCCGUCGCUAGUAGCCUGGAAUUGGAGAAUGAAGAUCAGAAUGAUAAUUUAUCGGACAUGGUUUCUGCUAAUGUGUCGGGUCGAGGAUCACCAAACAUUUCUGGACGUGACACGCCAAGUUCUCAGGUAAACGAGAUCGAAGACCGAGUGGAAGCAAGACCAGCCGAUGCCGCGCCAGCCACUGGUCAACUUACAAGACAAAUCCGCUCGGAAAUCGACGACAAAUUCUGCAAGUUUGAAAUAAAAAAACUCCUCGAGGGCGACGAAACCAUAUCAAUUAUAUCGGAAACCUGGAGCACCGACGUUCUAGCGUCGGACAACGAGACAAUCGACGCGAACGAAUCGCGAUUGGAACGCCAGAACUUUCAGCUCGUCGAUCAAGCAAUCCACGAGGUACCCGUCGAAAACAUUCUCGACAUUUCGGAGACGCAGAGCGAAAGUGCGUGGUCCACGGACGUGACGGCCUCAGACACCGAGAGACUGAUCGAGAUCGAUAACGACGACGCUGGCAGCGUCGCCCAAUCGGACGACACUAACAGCGUUGCCAGAUCGGACGACACUAGAAGCGAGACGGACGAGAAUGUGGCGGGUUUGAGGAGAUUGUCGAGCUCUUCGAAUUCCUACUCCAAUAAUCCAACGCCCGUAUACGCGGCCAAUACGUUGCAGGAGUACAGAAAGGAGACCAAAAACGAGAGGGUUAACGGGAAGAUAUACCACUCAGAACAAGUCAAAGUGGAUACUAACGCUAAUAACGUUCUGUUCAAAAGCGACACUCAGCAAGCGCACAACUCCGUGACAUUCUCGGAAAACAAACGCGAGAUCAAAACCACGUACAACUCGAGAACGAGCACCUUGACCACAGUGGUGAACAACCGAGUUGUCGCUGUAAACGGCAAAGACGCCGACCCGAGCGCUCUAGCGGGACCCAGCGGUAUUAAUAAGCACCGCGAUUCCGUCGACUCACCUUUAAGCUUCCUCAAGCAGAACCACAAAAAAUACGAGGAUGCCAACGAGAUUCUGCUGAGCAACUGCAGCUUGAACUCGAGCUCGAGCGGCUCGAGCAGCAACAGCUUCGAGAACAAAAACUCUCACAACGAAACCGAGAAUUCCGAGCGUUGGGAGAACAAACAGUGGCUAAACAGUUCUGGCAGCAGUUUGAAUGUUACUUUAACCCCCUCUGAAAGCACCAGCGAGCUUUCAGUGCUCAGUGUUAAUAACAUAAAUAAUCCUUCGAAUAUACUCAACAAAAAAUCCGCUACUCUACUCCUGCAAAGAGGGUUCAAGCCCUCCAUUUCCACGGGCGCGAUUCCGAAAAGUAUUAGUUUCGAUACCAGUGCCGAUAAAGGUUUGGAUGAUGACCAAAAGAAACGUGGCAGCAUUUUUGGAAAAAUUCGUAUGGGUUUUAAGAAUAAGAGGGGCAAAUGUAACAGGAACGAUGAUGGCAGGUUGGAGUCCGAAGAGUAUUCAGCCAUUAAAAGGCUUCCACCAGCGUCGCCAAUUAAAAAUAACACAAUUAAUACUGAUUCUUCUGAUGAUAUUCUUGCAAAAUACAGAAACAACAAACCCUUCAAUGAGAGCAGCCCCAUCAAACAAAACUCUUCUGCGAAAUCUUCAAGUAGCAGGGCCGUGGUUGACAGAAAUUCCGGUAUAAAUGGAUUUAACGACGUAAAGAAAAAACUAAGGUUAGCUCUGUGCAACACGUCGGAAAUUCCCUACCACGUUAAGAACUCUUGGAUAUCCGCAAAAGGCAAAAUCGACACGAUUUUGAAAAUCGAGCUUGGCAAAGCGCGGACUUUACGGGAAUACUCGAACGCAGCGAGAAUUUCCGAAGCCAUUAGGUGCGUUUCCACUCUGGAUAACGAAACGUGCGUCAAAUUAUUGGAGUCCAUGCGACAGGAUGUUUUGCAACGCAGCAAUUAUGUCAACUAUUUAGUGGCUUCUACUCAAGAGCUGCUUUUCUGCGAUAAAUAUUUAAAUAGUCUAAUGGAACAAAUCUCAAAUGAAAGGGCGGAAUGUGAAAGAUACUUAGGUAAUAGAUGCGUGAAUGAUUUUUUGCGUCAAAAAGAAGACUUGAUUUUGUCUUUUUGCGAAGAAUUCGUACAAUUAACGUUGGCUGAUGAAAAGUAUGACCUCCUACAUCAAUUUUAUGAUAGAUUGUAUAGUAUUAUGGAGGAGAGCAACUGGGGUGAUAUUUUAAAACAUAAAGAAGCAUUGAUCAAAAGUAUUUUAGAGAGAUCUAUUAUGAACAAGGUUUAUACUCAUUCUAUUUAUCCUAAUGGGGAUGGUGACCGAGAUAGGGACAGUCUACUGUAUGAACACAUCAAAAAAUUAUCGAGAACUAUUUCUCCAGAACACAAAGACUUGAUGAUAUCCAAGGAGUAUUUAAGGGAAUAUCCCUGGCAACCAGCGCAGGACGCGCUGAAAGCUUUGAAUGCUACUAGAACCCCCAGAGACAUAGUUAAUUGCAUCUUGCAUUGCGCGAAAUGCAUCAUGGAUCUACUUUCCUUUUCUCAAAAUGCCGGUUCGGCCACCGCUGAUGAUUUCACGCCUGUUUUGGUGUAUGUUAUUAUUAAGGUCAACCCUAAGGCCUUGUUAUCCACGGUUCAGUUUGUAAAUAGUUUUUACAGUAAUCAGCUUCUUGGAGAGGAAGACUACUGGUGGACUCAAUUCAGUUCGGCUGUGGAGUUCAUUAAAACAAUGGAUUACUCAGAUUAA